AUGCCAAGAGGCAUCUUGCUGGAUUUCUUCGAUUGCUGCUGCAGACGGACGCGACGCUUUUCUCUCGAGAGAGUGCGAAGCUUGCUGCAAGAAGAGGCGUUUCUUCUCGAUCGGCCUCGACUCGUGUCUCCACUGGAGAUCUACCGCGUUGCUUCCUCUCCCUCUCUCAAUUCUCCGCAAUCCGGAGAUCGAGACGCGAGUGACGAGAGAGCAGAAGACCGCUUGCGUUUCUCUGUCGAAGCUCCGUUCUCUUCCUGUGCGAGAGAUAACGAAGGAACAGUCUCUGCCCCUCGCACGACGUCGGCACUGGAGGAGGCGCUGCGGUCUCACUUUGCGAGUGAGGAGAAGCGAGUGAGGCGGCGAGGUUCUUCGCUGUUCUUGUCGAGCAGAGUCGAAGACGCGAACGCGCUUUCGCAAGACGACGACGCCGGAGAAAAGGAACUCUCCAGCGAGAGCAUCACUAGCCACGCAGAGACACCCGAGCGCGCGACGUCGGAGAGAGACGGACUCAACACCCCGACGACGGCAGCCUCUCCUUUCCAAAGCACUCAGGCUGGUCCGUGUCUGUCGCACGCAGCGCCUUCGUUUUCUCUGCCUGCUCUGCAGGAUUUCCCUGCAUGCGCAGAGGCGUCUCGACUUGGGAGACGCGAGGCGAGAGUGGACGACGCACACCGAGAAGAACACCCGCUUUCCGGCGCCCUGGAGGAGCUGUAG